CCCCCGGCGCCUCUGAUUGGCUGCCAGCGCGAGGGCGGGUUCUCGGCAGCCAAUGAGAAACUCAGAAGUUGUCUCGGGCGGGGCCCUGGGCAGCGGUCCCGGUUGCAUCCCCGCCCCGGAGCCCGGGAACUUCCACUCUUGCCUCACGGUUUCCACCUCUGUACCUGCUCACGUAGGAAGAGUGUUCCCCACCUGAGCGAGCUACCCUCUUAGCCGCCUGCGCUGAACUGCGAGCCUCUUGGGAACGGGGACCGGCCUGGGCGCUACUAGUCCCCGAGGGUUCCUGCGCCCGAGGACGGUGCAGACUUGCUGGACACCAAAUGUUAAAUCAAACGUAGGAGUUACUGGCUGAGGACCUGGAAGCGCCAGCCAGUGGGUAAAAGCCACACAUUUGCCAUUACCGAGUCAGCAGGCUUUACUGGGGUGUCAGCUGUGUGCAGGUUCGGGGGCACACACAGAUGUCUCGGUCUUCAAAGCAUCCCAGCUCCCAGACCGCAUGUAUGCGUGCAGUGCGUUCCUACCCUUCUUUUUAUAGCCAACGAGACGGAGACCCGGCAAAGAACCGUGUCCUAACCGACACACAAAGGCUAAUAACACCACCUGGCCCCCCAAGACCUGUUGGAGAUGGGGAAAUCUCAUUUGCACGUGGCGAUGGGAUGUGACUUGAAGGGAAUAAGACAGCCCGGUCUGCGUCCGGGAAAGGCGCAGUGCGCGCCGCGGGAAACCGUGCAGGUGGCCUGAGGUGAGCAAAUCAGCUGCUUUGAUGGCAGAGUCAGAGGAAGUGGCAGAUUGGGUCCAACUGCCUCCCAGCGUUUGCAGGGGCCAGGGAUGGGGCUGCCUCCCAAGAUCCAGAUGUGAGCCAGCAGGAAGACAGAGUCAGCAAGGAAUCCUCAGAUCCUGCCUAAGAGAGCCAACUGCACAGAGUUGUACUUGUUCAAAACACUUGGGGAAAAGUCCUUCAGGCCAGGUGGAGGCCACCCGGCUCGAGGACUCUCAGAGGCCCUCCCUCCCUCUCUGCAUGGCUCGCAUCUGCCCCCCGCCCUCUGCACACGACCAGCCACCCAAGCAGCUCAGGGGAGCUACAGACCUCACAUCCUCCCAGUAAAUGAAGGAACUCGGGGGACAGCAUGUGACCCCUCCUGGUGACACUUGAGUGCUAAGAAGUGCAAGACAGCCGCGGCAGGUCUAUAUUUGGGCUCUCACACACGACUGUUGCUAUUUGCAGUGGGAGCUGGCUCAUGUUACCAUCACCUGUCACCUUCCAUGCUCCAGUUACAGCCCUUGCUGUAAGCCAGGCAGGGACAGGCUGCAGGGCUUGAACAGGUGACCUGGAGGGAAAUCCUUCUCCAGAGGCCUUGGAGGUCAAAGAAGAACCCGUGGACCCUGAAAUCAGCAGAUUUUACGAACCGCCAUUAAAGGGUAAACAUCGCAGUCUCUGCAGAGAGCCGUGCGGGAGGAGCCCACAGGUGCAGAAGCGCCAUGGAUGGGAAGGCUGCGGGGGCUCCCCCGGACUUCCACUUCUACCCCUUGGAUCUGUAUGACCCCGAGGACCGGCUGCACCCCUUCCCAGAAGGGGCCACGCGGACAGGAAGGGAAGUCUACGCUGAGAUGGCUGAGGAGGCCAGCGACCCCGGGAGCAUGGCCCUGGGAAAGGCCCCGAGAGCCCUGGAGGAGGAGGUGGACGAGCUGGUGCAUCUGUACGCCCUCGGGGGUGCGGGCGAGUGGGGCUCCGAGCUGGUGGACGGGAGCGCUCCCUGCACGGAGGUUCCGGAGCAUCUGCCGCUUGGGGCGCAGAGGGACUGGCAAAGGGGGCCCGAGGCCGGGGAGCGCGGCUGCGUGGGCUGGGGCGCCACCGGCCCGGGCCUGCGAGAGGCCUACAGGUACGCGCACGGCCGGGCCAGCGAGGAGUACGAGUGCUACGUCAUCCCCGAGGAGGAGGACGAGGACGAAGCCGCCCUGGUCUUCUGUGUCACCUGCAAGGCUCCAGUAAGGGCGCUGGAGGUUUCGGACGAGCACAGGGAGCACGAGGUGACGGCCCUCGACAAGGCCCUGGAGAGCGCCAAGGAUGAAGUUCACAAGAACAUGUUUAAACUGGAAAAGCAGAUUCUCGAGAUGGAGAAUUUUGCAAAUCACUUGGAGGAGGUUUUCAUCACGGUGGAGGAGAACUUCGGGAGACAAGAACAAAACUUUGAGUCACAUUACAAUGAGAUCUUGGAAACACUCGCUCAAAAAUAUGAAGAAAAAAUACAAGCUCUGGGGGAGAAAAAGAAAGCCAAGUUGGAAGCCUUGUAUGGACAGCUGGUCAGCUGUGGGGAAAACCUCGACACCUGUAAGGAGCUCAUGGAAACCAUUGAGGAGAUGUGCCAUGAGGAGAAGGUUGACUUCAUCAAGGACGCUGUGGCCAUGGCUGACAGACUUGGGAAGUUCCUGAAUACAGACACAGACGUGGAGAUCACUACACAGCCCGACUUUGAAGACCAGACUCUGGACUUCUCCGACGUGGAGCAGCUCAUGUGCUCCCUUCACGCCCUCCCGGCUCCUUCUGCUCCAGUGAUAAACCCACAGGCCCCCAACUCUGCCACGGGGUCCUCCGUCCGAGUGUGCUGGAGCUUAUACUCUGACGACACCGUGGAGAGCUAUCAGCUGUCCUACCGGCCAGUGCGGGACAGCGCACCCGGGAAGGACCAAGCAGUGUUUACAAUGACUGUCAAGGAAACGUACUGCUCAGUGACAAAUCUUGUGCCAAACACCCAGUAUGAAUUUUGGGUCACGGCUCAGAACAGGGCCGGCUCCAGCCCCACCAGUGAGCGUGCAGUGUACAUGACAGCGCCUUCCCCUCCCAUCAUAAAAAGCAAAGAGAUACAGAGCUGCGAAGAGGCCGCACUCAUCUGCUGGGAGUCUGGAAACCUGAAUCCCGUGGACUCGUACACGGUGGAGCUGACCCAGGUGGAAACACCCGAAGCCUCGGGCGUAACCGAGUCGGUGGUGGGCAUCCCAGCCUGCGAGUCUCUGGUGCAGCUACAGCCCAGGCAGAGCUACACGAUGUCCGUGCGAGCCCUCAACAUGGGGGGCCCCAGUGCCAGGAGUGACCCCGUGACAGUCCACACCACAGGCAGCCGCUUUCCCCUGAACCAGCACACCUGCCAUCCCUGGCUGACUGUGGCUGACGACGGGUUUACGGUUGUGCGAAGCGAAAGGAAAACCCCCCCGAAGGAGCUGCUGCCUGGCAACACCCGGUUUAGCAGGUGUGUUGCUGUCAUGGGGAAUCUAAUUCCAGUCCGAGGGCGCCACUACUGGGAGGUGGAGGUGGACGAGCAGGCCGACUACACAGUGGGCGUGGCCUUUGACGAUGUCCCUAAAGAGGAGGACCUGGGAGCAAACCGCCUGUCUUGGUGCAUGAGGCACAGAUUUGCAUCAUCGAGGCACGAGUACGAGUUCCUGCACAACAAGACGACUCCAGAUAUAAGAAUAACAGUGUCCCCAAGGAAGAUCGGCAUUCUGUUGGACUAUGAAAACUCAAAAUUGUCCUUUUUCAAUGUGGACAUUUCUCAGCACCUUUACACGUUCAGCUGUCAGCUCCAUGGAUUCGUGCAUCCCUGUUUUUCUCUGGAAAAGCCUGGCCGUCUGAGGAUACGUAAUGGCAUUGCAAUGCCCACGCACAUCGCUUUCUAUUAGACCGUUCUGAUGCCUGGCUUCCUGUUGUUGUGUGGUCCCUCCCCUCCCAGGCGCUCAGCCCUCAGCCCGUGGGCCCAGGCACUGACGCACCACGCACCCGGUCCCUUCGGCUCCCGCUCUCCUCUGGCAGACGGGUGUGCUGACGCUUGUCUCGGCGGACCUGGGCUCUAGGCCCUCGCUGCUGCCCGUGUGAUGUUCGGUGCGUCCCCACCAGGCCCGGCUGUCACGUGAGUGCUCUGCCAGCGUGAACCCAGAGGUCCUUCAGGUGGUCAGGCCGUAGCGGUCUAUUUUUUUAUAGGCAAAGUAUCUGAAUCUCCAAGGCCUCCAGAGCUCAGGCUGAGGGCAAGAGAAUGGGAGGGAGAGAUGCGACACCGGCGCUGUCACCAGCGGGCGGGAACAGACCUGCAAAGACGAGGGGCCGUCCACAAAGAAGAGCAGGGAAGCCAUGCGCCUUCCCCUCUCCUGUUUUCCCAGCACUGCCGGCGCUGUGAUGAGGGUCUUCCGCUGCACACUGUGACGCUGUUCCUGUCCUUCACCGAACCCACCUGCUCAGGCUUUGCAGUGCCCUCUGCCACGCCCGAUUCCGUGAAGGCGGGUCGGGGUCUGUCUUGUUCAUCGUCCAGUCCCCGAGGGCUACCCCAUCAUGAACGGUUCCCACCGCCUCUGGGAUGAGUCUGUGUCCUCUCCGUCCAGCCACUGCCCGUGGGUGUGCUCUCCCUGCUCUUCGGCUGAGGGACGGUGGGGCCCCCUCAAAACCAGCACAGGACAUGCGGCCGGGAGACACCAUGGAGGGGAGGCGGUAGGAAGGCACAGAAGGGCCCCUGCAGCUUGAUGGCAAGACGGGGACACGGACUACUCCGUACUACCACAUAGAUGCACUUUCACUGCAUCGACGACGGGCCGGGGAAUGAACGAGGAACACACAGACGUGAGUGGCAGCUGAUCCUAGGAACCGUCCCAUAAAGAGACCAUCCCAUAAAGAGAACCAGGUUCGAAAUCAGAAGACCUACACUGGAUCGCUAGUCUGUCGCUGCUUUGCCUUCAACCUUAGAAAA